UACUUCUCCUUCCCUGGAGAGCUCCUCAUGAGGAUGCUGAAAAUGCUGAUCCUGCCCCUGAUCACCUCCAGCCUCAUGUCUGGCCUGGCCACCAUGGACUCCAGGGCCUGUGGGAAGAUGGGGGUGAUCACCAUCACCUACUACCUUUGGACAACGUUCAUGGCAGUGGCCGUGGGGAUCAUCCUGGUGGUCAGCAUCCACCCCGGAGCAGCCGCCCAGAAGGAUGACUCCUCGGGGGGGAAGGUGGUGCUCAGCUCUGCCGACGCGCUGCUGGACCUGAUCAGGAACAUGUUUCCUUCCAACCUGAUCGAAGCUUCCUUCCAGCAG